ACAGGCAGACUGCAGCUGGAUAUUGAGGGCACAAUGCCCAAUAUUACCUCAACAUCUGAUUUCCUGCUCUUGGAAUUCUCAGACAUCCGAGAACUACAGAUCUUACACUUCUUUAUGUUCCUCACAGUAUACUUGACUGCAGUGACUGGCAAUCUUCUUAUCAUCCUCACUGUAUCCCUGGAUUAUCAUCUGCACACUCCCAUGUACUUCUUUCUCAUGAACUUGGCCAUUCUGGACCUUGGCACAGUUUCUGUCAUGGUACCCAAAGCCAUGGCCAAUUCCCUCCUGAACAGCAGGUCAAUUUCUUAUGCAGGAUGUGUAGCUCAAGUUUUCUUCCUCUUCUUCCUUGGAGGAUCAGAUUUUGCCAUCUUAACAAUAAUGGCACAUGAUCGGUAUGUGGCUAUCUGCAAUCCAUUGCAAUAUGAGACAAUUAUGCACAGUAGAGCCUGCUUUCUGAUGGCAGUUGGAGCAUGGUUGGCUGGUAUACUCAAUGGUAUGUUACACACUGGAGGAACCUUUGCCAUCACUUUCUGCUCCAACACGAUUGAUCAGUUCUUCUGUGAAGUACCACAGAUUCUAAAAAUCUCCUGUUCUGACAUGUAUCUAGUUGAAGUUGGUGUGAUUAUAUUUACCUUUUUCCUUGGAAUAGUAUGUUUCAUCUUCAUUAUUGUCAGCUAUGUGCAGAUUUUUAGAGCAGUGCUCAGAAUCCCUUCAGUGCACGGUCAGAAAAAGGCCAUUUCCACUUGCCUUCUCCACCUCACUGUGGUGUCAUUGCUUGUAUUUAGUUGCAUUUUUGCCUAUGUGAAGCCUCACAGUUACUCUUCCUCUGGCCUGAAUGUUCUUUUUGCAAUAAUUUAUGUUAUAGUUCCUCCCGUGCUUAAUCCAUUCAUCUAUAGCAUGAGAAACAAAGAAAUCAAAAUUGCAUUGUGGAAGCUCUCAGAUUUCAGAAGAUCGGGAAGAUCAGGUUGA